UCAUACAUUUUUUCCUCUCUAAACUCACCACCAUAAACCAUCAUUUUUUCAUUCAUUUAUUCUUUAAAACUUUAUUUAAUUUUCCUAAUUCAAGAUGGCAAUCAAGAAAUCAUCAAAAUCUUCUUGGUUUAAUUGUUUCAUGACUCAAGAAGCAGUUCCUGUGAACAAACGAAAACCCGAAAAGAAGCCUGAUCAUCCCUUUGCAUCACAGAAGUCUGCCAAGAGAGUCUCGUAUACCGAUUUAAGUAGCGCGAUGCUACCCGAGGAGUUAUCGAAUUCUUUAGCCGGAUCAAACCUCUAUGUUUUCACCCUCCCGGAGCUUAAAGUCGUCACCCAGUCCUUUUCAUCAAGCAAUUUCUUAGGUGAAGGCGGGUUUGGACCGGUUCACAAAGGGUUCAUUGAUGACAAGCUUAGACCCGGUUUGAAGGCUCAACCUGUGGCUGUUAAGCUCCUGAACCUAGAUGGUGGACAGGGUCAUAGAGAAUGGCUGACAGAAGUGGUAUUUCUUGGACAAUUAAGACAUCCACAUUUGGUGAAGCUGAUCGGAUACUGCUUUGAAGAUGAACAUAGACUACUGGUGUACGAGUACAUGCCACGUGGCAGCUUAGAGAAUCAACUCUUUCGAAGAUUUUCGGUCUCGGUCCCAUGGUCCACACGGAUGAAAAUCGCUCUAGGAGCCGCAAAAGGGCUUGCAUUUCUUCAUGAAGCGAAACAACCGGUCAUAUAUCGUGAUUUUAAAGCAUCCAACAUUCUACUUGACUCUGACUACACUGCGAAACUUUCAGACUUUGGUCUUGCAAAGGAUGGCCCUGAGGGGGAUGAUACACACGUUUCGACUCGAGUAAUGGGCACACAUGGCUACGCAGCUCCCGAAUAUCUCAUGACAGGUCAUCUGACUGCAGCAAGUGAUGUUUACAGCUUUGGAGUUGUACUUGUUGAACUUUUAACUGGUCGGAAAUCAAUGGACAGAACACGCUCAAACCGAGAGCAAAACCUAGCAGAGUGGGCUAGGCCACAUCUCAAGGUUCCUAGAAAACUCAACAGAAUAGUGGACCCAAGACUCGAAGGCCAGUACUCAGAAACUGGAGCCCAGAAGGCGGCUGAGUUGGCGUAUGAUUGCCUUAGCCAUAGGCCAAAGUCAAGGCCAACCAUGAGAAUGAUUGUUGACAUCCUCAAGCCUUUAACGGAAUUUAACGACAUGCCAGUUGGAACUUUUGUGUACACAGCCCCGACCGAAUGCAAGAAAUCACCCACAGAGAGUCCAAGUAAGGAAGAGCAUAAAGAUGAUAAGAAAGACAUCAAUGGGCAUCACCAUCAUCAACAUGAUAGGAGGCAUCGCCGGCGAAGUCCACCACAAGACAGGUUUAGGCAGUAACCGCAAUACUAGGAUGAAUUCACCGGAGUAGUUAACAACGGUACUAAAUUAGGUAACAGUUAGAACAUGCAUACCGACUCAGGCGAUGCAUCGGAAUUUAUAAAUGUACAGAUAUGUAAAAACAUAUUUAGUAUGUAUUGUCUUAAAUUAUACAUUUACUUGUUUAUAUA